UCCCAGGGUGCAUUGCGCUCCUCUCGGCCGUGCUCUGUCAAAUUAGCCCACUCGUCAGAAACUCCGGUCAGGUCACUUCCGGUUUGUGUCAGGGACGUCCUCCGUGUGUGCUGAAGACAGAGCUGUGGGGCUGAUGCUUUCAUCGCGGUUCCUCCAGUCUUCGCGGCACAUCCCAUCUGUCUUGGCGUCAUCGAGAUAUUUUUCCACAUCACAGAACACAAUGGAGAAGCCCGUGGAGACGUCCAUCCGGUCCAAGCUGACUCAGAGCCUGGCACCCUGCCACCUAGAGGUACACAAUGAGAGUUACAUGCAUGCCGUGCCUCCUGGGUCGGAGACUCACUUUAAAGUGGUGGUGGUGUCCGAGGCAUUCAGCGGGAAGCCUCUCAUACAGAGGCACAGACUGGUCAACGACGUGCUGAAAGAAGAGCUAGCUGGCUCUGUUCAUGCUUUGUCUAUCCAAGCGAAGACCCCAGAACAGUGGGAAGAGAACCCCACCGUCACAAAGAGCCCUGGAUGUAUGGGGGGCUCCAAGCACGACCCCCACAUGAGCAAGAAACUGAGUUCCUGAGUUGGGGGGGAAUUGGAAUACCAAUUCAUGGGCAAUAAAGAGGUCCUGCUACAUUGAGCAGUGGCACUGCCAGACCUUGGUUCUCUUAUUGGCCUUCCUUGUCCACUUUACCUGAGCCUGAGGUCUUCUGUGUGUGUGAAAAUCUUUGGACUGAACUCGCUUUGCAAGGUGGCCUCGGGUCCAUAAAGCAGGGACCUCCAGGGCAAGGCAGUAUUUAAACUCCUCCCUAGGCAUAUAACGAGCUUAAAGGAUAACUUUUUUUUUUCUUUUCUUUUCUUU